AUGUCGUCCAUGCAACAGCGCAAGAAUGAAAUUUUGGCCAAAAAGGCCAAGCUGGCUGAGCUGAAGAAGCAGCGCGAGCUUCGCCAACGGGAGUUCACCAGCAACCGGAACAGUGUCGGCGAUGCUUCAGAGAUUGCUUCCCCAGUACCCAGUCACGCUGGCAGUAGAGCUGAACUUGACGAUCUAAUUACCCGUCUUGUGGAUCGCCCUGGGUCUGCCACCAUCAGCCAUGGACUCGAGGGUCAAUCUGGAAGAGGCAGCCGCCCGACUUCAGUCCUCAGCGCCAGUCAAUUGAGCGGAGAGAAUGCCGAAACCAAUACACCUUCAUCGAUGCGACCGCAGCUGCAAUCCAUUGCCGUACAGACCGUGCAGACAGUCGGAGCAGAGACCUACACCUCUUCCGCAUUUGAAGCCCCGCACCCCCCUGAGCCCAGACCAGAGGUUGUUACAUACAGCAAAGCCGUCCAGACAGAUGAUUUGGGUACCCAAACAGAGUCUCAUGAUGGAUCUGUUGCUUCGGACAAUGAAGACCCAACUGAUACGACACGAUCGAGCAAACGGCUGAGCCGACGAGACCGAGAGCGGGAUGAUGAGAUCAGACAAAAGAUUCGCCAGGAGAUUGAAGAAGAACUCCAAGCAGCCGAACAGAACAACAAUAAUGCGGCUGCGGCCACACAAUCUGCACAGCUGCGGUAUCCGUUACGCGCCCUUGACGAUGACGAGCUGAAAGCUGUGACUUCCUCCGACGAUUUCCUGGACUUUGUGGAGCGGUCGUCCAAGGUUAUUGAGAGAGCUCUGGAUGAAGACUACGACGUCCUUGCGGACUACGAGCUGGGUGGUGUGGACGGAGACUUGGAGGAGGACGAGGAGACGGGCAAGAAACGGAGGGGCAUUCGGGAGGUCUGUCAGUUCUAUGACGAACGUUGGAGCAAGAAGCGUAUGGUUACCGAUAUAAGCUUCUCCCAGAAGUUCCCUGAAUUGGUUCUCGCAUCUUACACCAAGAACCCUUCUGCUCCUCAUGAACCAGACGGACUGGUUCAAGUCUGGAACCAACAUUUACAAUCCCGCCCCGAAUAUGUCUUCCACUCGACUUCCGACAUUCUCACAGCCAAAUUCUCCCCAUUCCAUCCCAACCUUAUCGUUGGUGGCUCAUAUUCGGGCCAAGUUCUCCUUUGGGACACUCGCUCCUCACGCAUGGGCGGAGGCGCCCCCGUGCAAAAGACACCAUUGACUGGAUCGGGACAUACCCAUCCUGUUUACAGCAUCUCCAUCGUCGGCACUCAAAACGCGCAUAACAUUUUGACGGCGUCCACCGAUGGAGUAGUCUGUGGUUGGACAGUAGACAUGCUUUCCCAGCCACAAGAAUAUCUCGAACUGACCACACCUCCCCCAUCCAAGACAGAAGAUCUUGCGCCCACGACGAUGUCCUUCCCACAGUCCGAUCCGACCUUCUUCAUUGUGGGUACCGAGGAAGGAGGGAUCUACCCUUGCCAUCGAUAUGAUCGAGCUGGAGCCAAGGCCGGUACCGACCACCGCCUUGCCUAUCGCGGCCACGCAGCACCAAUCAUGUCUACCGCGUUCCACCCUGCGCGGGGUCCAGUUGAUCUGGGCGAUCUGAUGCUCAGCUCCAGUCUGGACUGGAGCGUCAAGCUCUGGCGCGUGCGUCCCCCAGCCACCACUGCGUCUGCCACUUCCACCGUGACUUCCGCUCAGGUUGUCUCUCCUAUCUUGGAUAUUACGCGGGAAGAUGUGGUUUACGAUGCGCGGUGGUCUCCACACCGACCAGGUGUAUUCUCCCUCGUCGACGGUGCCGGCAACCUCGAAGUGUGGGACCUUUACACAGAUACCGAGGUUCCGGUGGUCAAGACCAGCCCCUCGCGUGGCCCCGGAGCAACCAUGUCUCGCAGUCUCAACAAAGUGGCAUGGGAGGAACGAGAAGGCCGGCGCCUGGCGACUGGCGGAGUCAACGGAGUAGUGACCGUCUUUGAAGUUGGCAAGGGUCUUGGUGGACCGGCGGAGGAGGUACCCUCUGACGAAUGGAUGGGCAUGAAGCGGUUAGUGGGGAAACUGGAACAGAAGGAUCGGGUGGCUUAA